UUUGUUGUUUCUUUAAUCUUUAAUCCAAUUGACUGAUUAAUGUUUUUUUCUUUGUUUUCUUUGUGUUGUUUUUUGAUUUUCUAAAUGCUGAUUGUUGUUAAUUGAUGGUUUUACUUCCCUUCUCUGGUUUAGGUUAUGUGAAAUGUCUUCGUCCAAGUUAUUUAAUCAAUUGGUCGCUGGUGGAGUUCAACAGGAAAAGAAUAAAAUUAUUUAUGCUUUGAAAGAUUUUGGUGUUUAUUUUCGUCGGACAUUUUUGGCCGGUUUUGGUUCGUUAAUUUGUGUCUAUGGCGGUGGUUUUAUCUAUACUCUUGACUCAUUACCAGCAGCAAGUAAACAGAUUGAACCGAUUCAGUUUCUAUUGAACUACCGGUAUCCAUUUUCUAUUUCUUUGGUUCUAUUUGGAAUGGUCGCUUAUUCAACGAAUAAAUUUUUUCUCUGGAGAACAAUUUCUAUGAUUGAAUUAAGAGAGGGAGGUAAAGAGGUGGCAUUUAAAGCUCUUAGUCGUGUACCACUUUCAAGAACUGAAUACUCUUUCCGAGUUCCAUUAAGUCAUGUCUCUUGUGUACAAAGUCGUCGAGACACUAAAUCACCUUACGUUUUGUUCAAGAUAAAAGGUAAACUUGGUAAUUAUUAUAUUGAUAAAGAUGGAUAUUUUCCCGAUCCAUCUUUAUUUGAUUAUAGUAUUGGAGUUGCGAGAAAAUUUUAACCUCAUUUAAGAAAGAAAAAAGGAGACAUUUUUUUUUCGAGAACAAAAAAUUGGAUGUAAUUUAUAGUGACAUAUUAACAAUAACAAUAAUUAUAAUAAUAGUAA